AUGGAUCCCCAGCGGAGACAUGUUGAGGUCCGGCCUGACGAGGCCCCGCGCCCUGCCAGCAGUGAGCGCCCCUACAUCGUCAUCCGCCAUCCAGCAUAUCCCACCACCGCGCCGCCGCUACUGCAGUUCAGGGCCGUCGACCGCACCUGGGAGGGUGUAAAGGCCGUCCCUGCGUAUGACCAUGAUACCGCCCUCAUCGCCUGUGGCAUCGUCACCGGCAACACCUGGCCCAACGGCUACAUUGGCCUCAAGAUACCCAAGAGAAACCUCUAUGUAAAGUUGAUGGCGACCAAGGGCGAGGUACUACGGACCCACGAAGAGUAUUACUACUUCGUCAGUGACCGAGCAUCGCUUGAUUAUCAAUAUCCAGUCGUGCCAUCGUUUGACAACUGGCGCUUUCCCCACAAGAACCUCCCUAAGCCCUGGGCCGAGAUCUCCAUCUCGGGUCUGCCGCCAAAUUUCGACAGGCUUGGCGGGGCGGUUGGCGCCAUCGAGCGAGACUUGGGCGGCGAACAAGUGACCGACCGGAAUAGGCUCGAGGUGGCCCGCUUGAUCCCCGAGAAGUACGAGAACUGGUUUUUCAUGAACAACAUGCAAAUUUACCGCCGCAGUCCAAAACAUGAGCUGCCAAUGGACGAUCUGGGCAAUCUGAUUUGCCUCCGCCCUGAGAAGCUCAAGCACUUCCAGCACUUCCAGUUCACAGUCGUGCCCAGAAAGAAGCGACCCGACGAGGUUGGUCCCCUCGUGCUCCGCUGCCUUUCUCCGGGCGAGGGCGAUGAGCUAGUCACUCUCUACCACAAUCGCUCCGCCGGCUGCAUCGUUGAUAUGUCCAAGGAGUAUCUCUUUGCACGAUUCGCAAUGCUCAUGUUCCGCAGCGACACCAUGCCCUUCUUCACGGGCGAUGGUGAGACUGCCAUGAGGAUGGAGGAUCCCAGAGUCACCCGGCAGCGCACGGUGAUGCGCCAGGAUGGGAGCACCCAAGACAGCGCGAUUGAGAUCAAGGAGGACUGUUCUCAGACUCCAGAGGCUUCCGGCAAUCCCAACAAGCGGAAGCGAUCGGAGUCCAGUGAGGGCAACGCGGCUAAGCGACAUGAUAGCGGAGAAGGAAAAUGA